AUGUGGAUGCGAUUUGUCCAGUCAUACCCAGGGCAAGUAGCGCAAACGCUUGGCUGCGCAGAGAGCAUGUUCCAUGACAUCAGAGCCCAACAAGAGGCUCAAGGUCUAGACCCAUGGGCGCCAUUUGCGGACACAGAGGAAUGGGGACUUGUGAAAUGGUUGGUAUCCCGUGUGGGCCAAAAUGCGAUAGACGAGUUCAUGAAACUACCAAUUCAAUCGAUCAGCUUCCCCGCUGGAACAGAAUGGCAGUUAAAGAGAAUAAACGUAGAGGGCAACAAACUCACCAAUGACGGGCACUGCGAAACUGAGGAUCUUGAACUGUGGCUGCGGGACCCAGUAGACUGCAUCUGCGAACUCAUGGCGAAUCCAGAGUUCGAUCGCAUGGUAUCAUAUGCAGCCAGAGAGAGUAACUGGUGGUGGGAGAUGCAGGGAAGACUGCCUCAAGGGGCGGUUGUUGCGCCAGUCAUCCUAGCAUCUGAUAAAACCUCGCUGUUGCAGUUCCGGGGAGACCAGGAGGUGUGGCCCGUCUACUUGACCCUCGGAAACAUCUCCAAAGAGAUCCGCAGUCAGCCAUCCAAACACGCUGCAAUUCUGAUCGCGUACUUACCGAUCUCGAAGUUAGAAUGCUUCACGCGCGAUACACGUUCCGUGGAACGUUAUCGUCUCUUCCACUACUGCAUGACGCAGGUCCUGGAGCCAUUGGUCAAGGCAGGCAAGGAUGGUGUCGAAUUAAGGCGCAUGCAUCCAGUCGUGGCAGCGUAUGUGGCGGACUUUCCAGAGCAGUGCCUGGUGGCCUGCUCCAUGGAGAAUAGGUGCCCAAAGUGUGUUGUGGGACGCAACGAGUGUGAAUCAACGCUGGAAUACCUAUGCUUGCACCAUGACGGCGAAAUGAGUAAUGAACAGUUUGAGGGAGGACUAGGACUACGAGCGAUCUACUCACCAUUCUGGGCUACACUGCCGCACAACGACAUAUUCUCAUGUAUCACCCCCGACAUUCUACACCAGCUGCACAAAGGUGUUUUCAAAGAUCACCUGGUCAGCUGGUGCUCCGAUAUCAUAGGCGAGGAGGAACUUGACACGCGGAUUUCCAAAUGGAAACAAUUGACGGGGGCAGAUUAUAGAGAGUUACAGCGGGUUUUCCUUGGGGUAAUUGCUGGUGCGGUCAACAGCCAAGUUCUUGCUGCCGUUUGUGGUUACCAGACACACAUGGACGUCACACUUUCCCACAUGCAUAGUGCACUUGCAUCAUUCCACGCCAACAAGCACGUUUUCCUCGAUCUCGGAGUGCGGGAGCACUUCAACAUACCUAAAAUCUAUUCCAUGCUUCACUACUUCGACGCUAUUCGUCUGUUUGGAAGUGCAGAUGGCUUUAAUACUGAGCUCCCUGAGUGUCUGCACAUCGAUUUUUCUAAGCGUGCUUACCAUGCCUCUAAUCGAUGUGACUAUGUUAUCCAGAUGACUACCUGGUUACAACGGCAAGAGUCCAUCGCCAUUCAAGAUGCUUACCUUCGAUGGUGGGCUUCACAACACCCUGCCAAUGAUAAUUCGGUGCAAGACGAGGCAGAUUCCAAAGGUGUCCAUUCCCAAACUCUACAAUCCAACGGUUACUCCACAACUAUGGCGCUGCACUUUUCAUCCCUGCUCUUGAAGAUUUCCUUCAUAACCACAUACCAAAAGGGUUGCACAGAAAGCUCACUCCACAAGACCGCGUCAAUGUCUACAAAUACUUGA